AUGGCUUCCACGAACACCUUCGCUGACCUAAUCUCGCGCGUCGACAACCUGGAUCUCAACCUAGACGAAGAUGUAGACGCUAUGGCCUCGGGUUUUGGAAAGUUGGAUAUCAACUCGUCCGAGAAGUCCCAAGAUGACCCCAAAGAACCGGACGCAUCACGGAAGAAGGCUAACAGUAGCACAUUACUAGACCGUCACAACCGCGCCAUCGCGCAGAUCCUGUCGCACUUCCGCAACAUGGUCAUGGCUGCCACCGCACCCAUCUCGCAAGGCGGCAACGUCCUUGAGCUCGCUGCGCUCAACCGCAUGACCAUGGAGACCGAAUCCGCUGCUUUGAUCUCCGAAGUCCAAGGCCUCCUAGCCAUCAACCGGGAGAUCAAAGCCCUAUGGAUCCGCGGGCCGCUCCGACAGCCCGGCGAGAGUGACACCCGCGAGGCUGAUCUCGACAAGCAGGCCGCCGACGUCGCGCGCCUGUACGACCGCGCCAUCGAGAUGCGGGAAGCCGCUAUCCGCCAGCAGAAUGCUGCUAAGGCCGGAGGUGAUCUCUCCGUGAGUUCCUAG